CCCCCCCUCCGCCGACCCUCCCUGCUCCCCCACACACAUUUUUUUUUCCUCCCCCUUCGCUGGUGGUUCGGACAUUUAAUGUAUUGAAUGAACUGGAAUUGCUUUCCGUGUGAGGAGGAUGGUUGCUGUUACUUUGUGAUGAGAUCGGGAAUGAAUUGCUCGGUUUAAAAAUGCUGCUUUGGAUUCUGUUGCUGGAGACGUCUCUUUGUUUUGCUGCUGGAAACGUUACAGGGGACGUUUGCAAAGAGAAGAUCUGUGCCUGCAACGAGAUAGAAGGGGAUUUGCACGUAGACUGUGAGAAAAAGGGAUUUACCAGCCUGCAACAUUUCACCGCCCCAACUUCCCAAUUUUACCAUUUAUUCCUGCAUGGCAAUUCCCUGACUCGACUUUUCCCUAAUGAGUUUGCUAACUUUUACAAUGCGGUCAGUUUGCACAUGGAAAACAACGGUUUGCAUGAGAUUGUUCCUGGGGCUUUCCUUGGGCUGCAGCUGGUGAAACGCUUGCACAUAAACAACAACAAGAUCAAAUCGUUCAGGAAGCAGACUUUCCUGGGGCUGGACGAUCUGGAAUACCUCCAGGCAGAUUUUAAUCUGUUGCGGGAUAUUGACCCGGGAGCAUUUAGGGACUUAAACAAGCUAGAGGUGUUGAUUUUAAAUGACAAUCUCAUCAGCACCUUGCCCCCCAACGUGUUUCAGUAUGUGCCGAUCACCCACCUCGACCUCCGGGGAAACCGUCUUAAAACCUUGCCUUACGAGGAGGUCCUGGAGCAGAUCCCAGGCAUUGCUGAAAUCCUGCUAGAGGAUAACCCCUGGGACUGCACUUGCGAUCUGCUGUCGUUGAAAGAAUGGCUGGAAAACAUACCUAAAAACGCUUUGAUCGGCAGAGUGAUUUGUGAAGCUCCCACUAGGUUGCAGGGCAAAGAUUUAAAUGAGACCACAGAGCAGGAGCUGUGUAAAAAGAACAGAGUAGAUUCCAGCCUAGCUGCUCCCCCUGCCGAAGAAGAAACCUGCGAUCCUGGUCCCAUUCCAACCCCCUUUAAAAUACAUGGCAAAGAAGACCCUGCCACGCCAGGAUCUGCUCCAAACGGAGGUACAAAGAUUCCUGUCAACUGGCAAAUCAAGACCAAACCCACUGCUGCCGUGUCGACAGUGAGUGCGAAGAGCAAACUACCAGCCACCUUUUCCUGCCCGCACAUCUGCAGCUGUGAUCAGAUCCCUGGCUCAGGUUUAAAGGUUAAUUGCAAUGAUAGGAAUGUGAGCAGCUUGGUGGAUUUGAAGCCCAAGCCCUCCAACGUGCAGGAGCUGUUUCUGAGAGACAACAAAAUACACACCAUCAGGAAAUCCCACUUUCUGGAUUACCGAAAACUUAAUUUACUCGAUCUGGGCAACAACAACAUUGCCACCGUUGAGAACAACACCUUCAAGAAUCUCUUUGAUCUCCGAUGGCUCUACAUGGAUAGCAAUUACUUAGACACCCUGUCCCGGGAGAAAUUCGCUGGGCUGCAAAACCUGGAGUAUCUGAACGUGGAGUUUAAUGGGAUCCAGAUGAUCAUGCCUGGCACCUUCAAUGCGAUGCCCAAACUGAGAGUCCUCAUCCUCAACAACAACCUGCUGAGGUCUCUCCCGGUAGACGUGUUCGCCGGGGUCUCGCUUUCCAAGCUGAGCAUACACAACAAUUAUUUCAUGUACCUCCCGGUGGCGGGGGUGCUGGACCAGCUCACCUCCAUCACCCAGAUCGACCUGCACGGCAACCCAUGGGACUGUACUUGCCCUAUCGUGCCUUUCAAACAGUGGGCAGAGAUGCUGCGCCCCAAGGUGAUUAUGAGUGACCUGAGGUGUGAGUCCCCUGAAGAUUUCUUCAAGGAGGAUUUCGAGUCUCUCUCCAACGAUGUGAUUUGCCCUCAGUUAAAAAUCUCUCCCACAUUAACUUCUACUAACAAAAACAGCACCGGGUUGACAGAGACAGGUACUCACUCCAACUCCUACUUGGAGACCAGCCGGGUCUCUAUUUCGGUGCUAGUGCCAGGGCUUCUGCUGGUUUUUGUGACCUCUGCCUUCACAGUAGUUGGCAUGCUGGUUUUCAUCCUGAGGAACAGAAAGCGCUCCAAGAGGAGGGACGCCAACUCCUCUGCAUCUGAAAUCAACUCCUUGCAGACGGUCUGCGACUCGUCCUACUGGCACAACGGGCCCUACAGCGCCGACGGGGCCCACAGGGUGUACGACUGCGGCUCCCACUCCCUGUCGGACUGAGGCGGCGGGCGGGGCGGGGGCGGCCGCCCCCCGGGACCGGCCCUUCAUGCGCCGGCCGGGGACAGCUCUGCACCUCCGCUGCUACCUUUUGUGAGAAGCGAAACACACAGACACCCGCACGCCCUUCCUCACGACCCCGAUAGCAAGCGCCGAGGCCCAGUGGGCGGCGGGGGGAGCCCGGCGCCGGAGCGCAUCCCUGCAGCGCAGCGCAGCCCGGCGCGGUGCGCGCAUCCCCCGCCCGUGCGCGGCCGGAGCAGCGACAGACAGACGAGGAACAGCUUCCUUCGGCUCCGGCAGGGCGAAACACGGCUCCUGGUUUUGUUGGGCUUUUGUUCAAUUGUGUUGGGGUUUGAUUUGCUUUUUUGCCCUCUUCCCUUGUGGACCGACCCCUUUCCAAGAGGCCGGGAAAAUGAGGGGAGCAGAGGACUGGUGUUGGCCUCCUCCUGACGGCAAAGCAGGAGUGGAAAGUUGCACGAAGGCAUGAAUGUAAUGUAAAUAAAUGACUCCGACUCCGAAACAGACAGACAAAUGGACAAAAAAAAAAAAAAAAGUGCUGCAUGGCUCGCAUGGAUACAACACACCCCAGGGACGCUCCAGCCCCCGACUGGAAGCAGCGUCUAGUUCACACCAUCAUCCCUCUUACCUGAUAAGUCCCUUCGUAUCAAACCUUCUAUAUACAAAAUACAGUAUAAUAAAAAGUGCCAUUUCGCCAGUUUUUUUUUUUUGUGUGAUCAAUAGGCAGUAGAGAUCGUACUUUUACCGUGGAAAAAAAUUGUAAAGAUUUUAUUUAAGACAUAGUUGCAUGAAUAUUCUCAUUGGAUUUUUUUAAAUUUUUAUUUUUAUUUUUAUGUCUAGGUGGGAAUUACUUUGCUGGGAGAGAUUUGCUUUGUUGAUAAUGGGUUGUGUUUCAUUUCUUCAGGGGAGGUGGGGAGGGUAGGCUUUGGUUUUGUUUUCUCUCUCUUCUUUUUCAAUAUACAUAAUCAGUAUUGCCUUUCCAUCUGAAUGUAAAAAUUAGUACCCUUGAUUUCUAUUAUGGUAACAGUGUAAACAUACAAAAGAAAAAUCCAAGGCAGUUAAGCAUGACCAAUUAAUGUCACUCUAGCGCUUAGGCUGCAAAGUUUAAUGGUAGAAAAUUCUGUGCUGUUGUAAAUCUUACUAUAACUUGAGGAAAACAGAACUGAGGAAGCAAGUGAAACUUACUAAUUCUAUUCGAGGAUUUUAUAAUGGCAUAUUUUUUCAGUAUUAAAGUGAAAAUGUUUUCAA